UCUGCUCGCUCCGUGUCCUCCCUCGGCGCCUCCGGGAGCCCGGCCCGCCGCCUGCUCGAGGCUCGGCAGCGGGAAGGAGGAAACCCAAGGCGGCCCUGCGAGGGCAGGCGGCAGCCGGGCGACAUGGGCAGCGCCGAGGAGGACUAUAACUUCGUCUUCAAGGUCGUCCUGAUUGGGGAGUCUGGGGUGGGAAAAACAAACCUGCUCUCUCGUUUUACCCGCAACGAGUUCAACCAUGACAGCCGCACCACCAUCGGCGUGGAGUUCUCCACGCGCACAAUCCUGGUGGGAGACGCCGUGGUGAAGGCUCAGAUCUGGGACACUGCUGGACUGGAACGCUACCGUGCCAUCACCUCAGCGUAUUACCGGGGGGCUGUGGGUGCCCUGGUCGUGUUUGAUAUCACCAAGCACCAGACAUACGAUGUGGUGGACCGCUGGCUGAAGGAGCUGUACGACCAUGCCGAGGCCAGCAUCAUUGUCAUGCUGGUGGGAAACAAGACCGACCUUGCACAGGCUCGAGAGGUGCCCAUGGAAGAGGCGAAAAUGUUUGCAGACAACAACGGGCUGCUGUUUGUUGAGACCUCGGCGCUGGACUCCACCAAUGUUGAGGAAGCAUUUGAGACCAUCCUGAAGGAAAUCUUCUACAAAGUGCAGAAGCAGAAGCAGAGGAGCAGCCAAAGCAACACGGUGUCACUUGCCAGUGAGAACCCUGCAAGCAUGGCCCCAGCACAGGCGGAAAGGCGCCCGUGCUGUGUGGCCCUCUGAGCCACUGGGCAACCCGGGAACUCUCCACAGGCGCCCGUGCUGUGUGGCCCUCUGAGCCACUGGGCAACCCGGGAACUCUCCACAGGCGCCCGUGCUGUGUGGCCCUCUGAGCCACUGGGCAACCCGGGACCCCCACAGCCCCAGGACACACCAGUGGCCACCAACACAGGCUAGUGUCACCCUGUCUGCAGUGCCACUCCUGUCCUGGUGCAGUGGGGACCAGCAGCCUGGGCAGGGGCCAAAUUCUGCCAUAAACAGUGAGAAGUGCCAGUUCCAUGAGCUCUUCUCUCUCUGUUUCAUUUUUGCUGAGCCCUGAUUAGCAUCGCCACUGUCACGCAUUGUUUCAGCCCUUCUGGACCUCCGGGGAAGGGGACCAGGACACCCCCAAGGCACCUCUGGGGAAGAAGCCAGGAGGUUCUGGGAAGAUGAUGCCAGCUACUGGAGCCUCUCUGAUUGCCUCUGGCCCUGGGCUUGCUCCUGUAGGGCCACCCUGUGCUGUGCACUGAGGAUGUGGCUGACCAACAGGUGUCUGUCCCACCAGGGACUGCUCUGGAGUCGAGCCAAGCCCUGGGGUGUGAAGUGGCAGCACUCAGCCCUUGAGCCUGUCUCAUCCCUAGACAUCUGUCCCAUCCCUAGACACGGGGCACGUGUGGCAGCAGGACCAAACAAAGGUGCCUGCUUGGCACCCCUCUGCAUGGUAGGACAGGG